CAGGAACUAAUCUCUCGGAACUAACAUGUGCGCUAGAAAGACGCUGGGAACUAUUUUGCAGCCGUACGGGAUUGUGUAACGUUUAUAUAUGUCCGUGCUGAAAUGCGGUGUAUUGGUAAGCUUAGGGCCAUAGACAUAUAUUUUAUUUUUAUUCAUAUUUUUAUAUAUUUUAUAUGUCUAUGCUUAGGGCUAGCUGAGUAGUUGAUUUAGCUUAGCUUUUGUAUUAUCAUACCAAACUAAUUAACAUUUUAAUUUAUUGGAUUACGAACGAAAUUACGAAUACACCGAUUGAGAUAUUUAUUUAUUAGCUAUCUGAGUGAAUUAGCUAGCUAGCCACUGUAUUAUUUAAGUACAUAAUGGCGUCCCGGAAGCAGAAGAAGGUUUGGCGCUAUGUGGAAGAAGGAAGUCUGCUGAAGCUGAAGUCGUAUCUGCGGAAACACAGAGAUGUGGAGCUGAAGUUCACUCAAGGGAAGAGGAGAAGAGGAGUGCUGCAUCUGGUCUGCUCUCACGGAGACGACGCGCUGCUCCGGCUGCUGUUAAAACACGGAGCAGAUCCGCUGCAGAAGGACCGGAACGGGGACACACCGCUGCACCUGGCCGCCAGAAAAGCCCUGAAACACGGCAAAACAGACUAUGAUGAUCUGGUAGUUCCUUUGCGUAAACACUGUCCUGCUGCACUGAGCAUACGGAACAACGCUGGAGUCACUCCUCAUGAGCUGCUUCAGGGACUGAGCUUUAAACAGAAGAGGAGUCCUGGAGCAGAUGCUCCGCAGCGGUCUGAUCCUGAGCAGGAGUGGAGGGAGAAGCUGCUGGGGGAAUGCCAAGAUGAGUUUUUCGAAACAUUUGGGCAGUAUGAUGACGAUUUUCUGAGAGAUGACGAAGACGAGGGAGACUUUGCUGACUGGGCUGAGCGAAUCAGAAGGGAGUAUGAGGCCAAGCAGCGGGCCAGAGCGAGGACAGACAGGAAGGGAAGAAGAAAAAAGGAGGAGAAAAACGCAGAGGAGGAGGAGAGGCAGCGUAGAGAGCUGCACGCCCGGCUGGAGAAGGAGCACAGGGAAUACCUGGAACGUGCCUCUCGUAAAAAAGACGAGACCCAGCAGGGGAAGAAGAGGCGCUAUGAGGAGCGCUGUGACGCCGUCUUCCUCAGCUCCGCCUCCGGAGGCGGUGCCCUGGGAUAUGAUGACAUUCCCUGGCCUGCGCCGCGUGGUUCUGUCGACGAGAUGAUGGCCGUCAUCCUGCAUGGUGUGGACCGAUCCGACACGGCCACUUUCCGGAAGUUUCUGCGCCGCCAGCAGGCUCUCUGGCACCCAGAUAAGUUCGCCCAGCGCUGCGGUGGCCGGCUACAGGACGGAGACAGGCAAAGGAUUAUGGGUACAGUCACGGCUCUCUCCCAGGAGCUGAACAAACUGGCUCAGAGUCUCCGGUGACGCUACAGUCAACUGCUGGAGCCAGAAAUUUUGUAGCUCUGUAAUAAUGGGAUUAUUUUACAGGUUCAGUGUGGAAUUUGAAUCUGAUUGGCUGCAGGCAGUCAAAGAAAUAUUUAAUAAACA